UAACUAAAAAAUGACAAGAAUCCGAAAAGACAGCCAAGGGAAUUAAAUGCCAGUCGGGGUCAACAGGUCCCUGAUCACAGAAGACGGUGCACCCAGUUCUCAAUCCUCACACGAUCCCUGCACCCAGGGUCACAGAGCAUGCGCAGGCCCUUCCCGCCCACUCCCGGGGGAACCGCCAACCACCUCGCAGGCUGAGCCCCAGGCAGGAAGUCGCGCACUUGGUGGGGUUGGGGGUCUUGAGGCCUUCUUCGCGUGGGCUUGGUGGGUCCUGAUCAUCCUCUGGCCGAGGUUACUGAUCCGUCUGCUCCAGGUGAGCUGGGAAGGCUACAGGAAAGGCCCAGAAGGGCCUCGCCAGGAGGCUUAGCUGGGCAGGUGCUUCCUGAACAGUCGCUGUGCCUAAACCUCCGGGUCGCUACCUGCCCGCGACUGGAUCUCCUUAGUCUCUGGCGUAGCUCUUGUGAAAAAUUCAGGAUUGUAGAGUUAGAAUGGGGGUGGUGGGCCUGCGUUAGUUAAACUUUAAAUGUUAUGAUCUGAAUUAGGGUUUAUGAAGUGGCCGUGUUAUCUUCAAAGAGUUAAUGUACGUGUUUGGAAGUGGGGGUUGGGGAGUUAAGGGAGCGAAGUGGUAGCUGCCAAUUGAGAACCCACCAGCCUACAUCGCCUGCACCCUCGAACUAUGUAAGCAUCCUUUAAUCCUCACAAGGGUCUUACAGCAGAGGUUCACAAAGUAUGGUCCGCAGGCCCGCAACAUCAUCUGGGAACUUAGGAAAAAAAUAGCCCUACUGAAUCAGAAGCUGGGGAGGUGGCCCAAGCAAUCUUACACCCAAGACCUCCAGGUGAUUAUAAUGCAAGGAGGGAUUCCCUGUCUUGGAUGUGAGGCUGCUUUCUUGAAGAAAACUUGACUUUAUUUCAUUCAGUGGGAAGAGCAGCAGCACAGCUACUAAGUUCUAAUAUGCAAUUGGCUGCAAGCUGUGAAGUGUUCGUGGCAGUAGACUCUGAAGCUAAGGAGCUGAGGGCUUAAUAAGUUUCUAGAAGCUGCCAUUAACAUGCCAAGUCAGUAAAACUGAAAGCUGGCCAGAUUUCAAGGUCUGGAGAGGAUAUCCACUGCGUACUGGGUCGUGAGCUCUAGAGAGCUACGCCUUGCUAAAAUAAAAGAAUUAUCUUACCUACCAUCUUUGUUCAAGGCUCAAUGGAAUUUGUGGCGGCCCUGGCUGACCUCCGAGCAGAGGCUAGCUGUCCCAUCUGUCUGGACUACUUGAAAGACCCAGUGACCAUCAGCUGCGGGCAUAACUUCUGUCUCUCCUGCAUCAUUAUGUCCUGGAAGGAUCUAGAUGAUAGUUUCCCCUGCCCCUUUUGCCACUUUUGCUGUCCAGAAAGGAAAUUUGUAAGCAAUCCCCAGCUGGGUAGUUUGACUGAAAUUGCUAAGCAACUCCAGAUAAGAAGCAAGAGGAAGAGGCAGGAAGAGAAGCAUGUGUGUAAGAAGCAUAAUCAGCUUUUGACUUUCUUCUGUCAGAAAGACCUAGAGCUUUUAUGUCCAAGGUGCAGUUUCUCCACUGAUCACCAGCAUCACUGUGUUUGGCCCAUAAAGAAGGCUGCCUCGUACCAUAGGAAACAACUGGAGGAAUACAAUGCACUGUGGAAGGAGAGAGUGGAACUCAUUGAAAAAGUCACAACUAUACAAACCAGAAAAUCACUGGAACUGAAGAAACAGGUAAAACAUAGGGCAGAAGAAGUCAAGUCUGAAUUUGAGCAACUUAGGUUAUUUCUGCAAAAUGAGCAAGAGACUGUUCUUAGGCAAUUACGAGAUGAAGAGAUGGAUGUUUUAGCACAACUAAAUGAAAGCCUAACAAAGUUUUCAGAUUAUACCUCCUCAUUAAAAUAUCUACUAAAGGAGAUAGAGAGCAUACCUGUGAAGUCAGAACUGGAAUUACUGGCUAAUGUUAAGGAUAUCUAUCACAGAUAUAAAAAUUUAAAAUUCCCUGAACCUUUUUCAUUCAAAUUGAAAGAAUAUGGUUACCAUCUGCCUCCACAAUAUUCUGGCCUAAACAAAAUUAUCAAGCGAUUUCAAGUAGAUGUAAUUCUAGAUCCUGAAACAGCACAUCGUAAACUUAUAGUCUCAGAAGAUAGAAAAACUGUGCGGUAUGGAAAUACAACACAAAACUUACCUCGUAACCCAAGAAGAUUUUAUGUCCUCCCAGCUGUUCUGGGUUCUAAGGGAUAUAGUUGUGGCAGGCAGUACUGGGAAGUAGAAGUGAAAGACAAGCUUGAAUGGAUUCUUGGUGUCUGUAAUGACUCUCUUCCCAGAAGGAGGAAGAGUCAACCAAUUUUAGUACAGGAUGGACUAUGGGGAAUUUGGCGAUCUAGUCAGAAUAAUUAUAUUGUAUUGGGCCAUAAGGAAAUUAUUCUGCUGCCCAAAGUAACACCUAGUAAGAUUGGCAUUUUUUUAGACUAUGAAAUGAAUGAGGUUUCCUUUUAUAAUUUGAAUGAUAGAUCUCUUCUCUAUACUUUUAAUGAGGAUUUUACAGGAGCACUUUGGCCUUAUUUUUAUACUGGAACUGACUCAAGACCUCUUAAAAUUUCUACAGUAACAGAUUCUGAAUGAACUAUUAGAAGACUCAUUUUCUUUCACCUAUUGGACAUAACUGAGCCAGUGAAUCUAGUUUUGGCCAUUCUGUAUUUUGUCCAGUUUUUCCCUUAAAAACUAUUUUUUAUCUCAGUUUCAGCAACUUCCAAAAAAUGUGAUUAUGGGACCUACUUUAUAAUAAAUUAUGGGGUCAAUGACAAGGUAGUUUAGAAAGUCUAUGGUAAAAUACUUGAAAAAUCUGUUACUGAAGAAAUGUAUUGUGUAAGAAAAUGUAUUACUUUUGUAAUUGCCAAUAAAAGCCCAAUAAUUUUUUUCU